AUGAUGACCAAGCCGUUUGAGAAGACAGGAGAUGAGAGUGAGCUGGUCAGCGGUCUGGGCUGGCUGGAGGAGGAUCUGAGCUCACAGGAUGGUGAAGGCACUGAGAUCCGAAGCCGCUAUGGGUUGAGCCUGGGGGGUCGGCCUCGCGGCAUGACCGAGCUGGGUAGCGAAGACAUGGACGAGGAAGAGGAGGAAGACGAGGAGGAGGAGAUGGGGCUGGAGGGAGAGAAGUUGCCCAAGCGGAGGGGUCCCAAAAAGAAGAAAAUGACCAAAGCCAGACAGGAGCGCUUCCGCAAUCGCCGGGUGAAGGCCAACGCCCGCGAGCGCUCUCGUAUGCACGGCCUGAACGACGCCCUGGACAACCUGCGGCAGGUCAUGCCCUGCUCCUCCAAGACCCAGAAGCUGUCCAAGAUUGAGACCCUGCGGCUAGCCCGCAACUACAUCUGGGCCCUGUCGGAGGUGCUGGAGAGCGGCCAGUCCCUGGAGAGCCACGGCUUUGUGGAAAUGAUGUGCAAAGGCCUCUCCCAGCCCACCAGUAACCUGGUAGCCGGCUGCCUGCAGAUGGGCCCGGCGCCCAUGAUGCUCAACAAGCUGGAGGACAAGUGCGGCGCCUCGGUGGGGGGUCAAGCUGGCCACCCCCUCAGCUACCCCUCCCCGGGCUUGCCCAGCCCACCCUACGGCUCCAUGGAGGCCUCCCACCUCCUCCACAUGAAAGGCUUCAAAGGGGCUUCCUACGAGAACUCCUCCCCAAACGAGUGCAGCAGCAGUGGCACUCCCCCUUACGAUGGGCCCCUCACGCCCCCCCUCAGCAUCGGUGGAAACUUUGCCCUGAAGCAGGAGCCGUCCCCCCCGGAGUCAGAGAGGGGCUACCACACACACCCUGCUACCCACUACCUCUCUGCACACCACCCCUACCCUCCCACCGCCUCCAUGGGAAGCCUGCCAGCGCCCCAGGCCCACAUCAUGUUCCAAGCCUCGCGUUACGAACUGCCCCUGGACAUGGGCUUUGAGUCCUUUGCUCCAGCCCACUUGGUGGCCUCCCAGAUGGGUAACAUCUAUGGCGAGUAG